AUGCCGUCCAUCCGCGCCGGGGGGCGGCUGCUCUUCGCGGGAGCUUCGCGCCGACACCGGGUAACGGCGCCGGAGCCCGAGCGCAUCCGGCUGUUCCAGCAGCUGCGGGCGGCGCAGGAGCAACGGGAGGGGAACGGGAGCGGGAGCGGGAUGGGCAGCGGGACCGGCCCCCCCCCGGGCGCCCCCAUCCGCAUCGCCCUGCCCGGGGGGACCCGCCUGCCCGGCCGGGCCUGGCACACCACGCCCUUCCAGGUGGCCACCGAGCUGGGGGGUGGCCUGGCGGAGGCGGCGCUGGUGGCCCGGGUGAACGGGACCCUGCAGGACCUGGACCGUCCCCUGGAAGGUGACGCUGACCUGGAGCUGCUCGACUUCUCCUCCCCCGAGGGCCGCACGGCGUUCUGGCUCUCGGGCGCCUGCGUCCUGGGCGCGGCGGCCCAGCAGCUCUUCGGGGCCACGUUCUGCGGCGCGCGGGCCACCGAGGACGGCUUCUUCUGCGACGUGGACAUGGGGGACAGGACGGUGCAGGGGGGGGACCUGCCGGCGCUGGAGGAGGCGUGUGUGACGUUUGCCCGCAGCGGCCACCGCUUCGAGCGGCUGGAGGCCACGCGCCCGCAGCUGGCACAGCUGUUCCAGCACAGCAACUUCCAGCUGCAGCAGCUCGAGGACGAGGUGACGUCCCCAACGGCCACUGUGUACAGGUGCGGUCCCAUCCUCCACCUGUGUCCCGGUCCCCUCCUGCGUCACACGGGGCUGAUCCGCGCGCUCCGCGUCCUCACGAGCUCGGCGUCGCUGUGGGACAGGGGUGUCACCCGCCGCCACCUCCAGCGCGUCACCGCCAUCGCCUUCCCGCACCCCGAGGACGCGGCGCGGUGGCAGCGGGCGCAGGACGAGGCGGCCACGCGCGACCAUCGCCGCAUCGGGAAGGAGCAGGAACUGUUCUUCUUCCACCCCCUGAGCCCCGGCAGCUGCUUCUUCCUGCCCCGCGGCGCCCACGUCUACAACGCGCUGCUGGAGUUCAUCCGGUCCGAGUGCCAGUCGCGGGGGUUCCGGGAGGUGCUGUCCCCCACGCUGUUCCGCCGCGCGCUGUGGCAGCGCUCGGGUCACUGGCAGCACUACGGCCCCAACAUCUUCCCCGUCACCAGCCCCGACGGGGACGACGAGCAGCUGUCCCUGAAACCCAUGAACUGCCCCGCGCACUGCCUGAUGUUCGCGCACCGGCCGCGGUCGUGGCGGGAGCUGCCGCUGCGGCUGGCGGAUUUCGGGGUGCUGCACCGCAACGAGCCCCCCGGCACCCUGAGCGGGCUCACGCGCCUGCGCCGCUUCACGCAGGACGACGGGCACAUCUUCUGCGCCCCCGAGCAGCUGGAGGGGGAGGUGGCCGCCUGCCUGGACUUUGUGGGGACGGUUUACGGCGUUUUGGGGUUUUCGUACCAGCUGGUGCUGGCCACGCGGCCACCCGGCUUCCUCGGGGACACGGAGACCUGGGACCGCGCCGAGCAGCAACUCGAGCGCAGCCUCCGAAACUUCGGCCAACCCUGGGACCUCAGCCCUGGGGACGGCGCCUUUUAUGGCCCUAAGAUCGAUAUUCGCAUCCGGGACGCGCUGGGGCGGCAGCAUCAGUGCGGGACCAUCCAGCUGGAUUUCCAGAUGCCGGAGAGAUUCGGGUUGGAGUACAUGAGCGCGUCGGGGGGGCCCGUGCGCCCCGUGCUGAUCCACCGCGCGGUGCUGGGCUCGCUGGAGCGGCUGCUGGCGGUGCUGGCCGAGAGCUGCGGGGGGCGCUGGCCGCUGUGGCUGUCCCCGCUGCAGGUCAUGGUGAUCCCGCAGUCACCCGAGGUGGAGCCCUACGCCCGGGAGGUGCAGGCGGUGCUGCGGGGGGGGGGUCUCCAGGCCGACCUGGACGGGGACGCGGGGGCCACGCUGGGCAGGAAGAUCCGGCGGGCGCAGCUGGCGCAGUACAACUUCCAGAUGGUGGUGGGUCCCCGCGAGCGCUCCCGCGGCACCGUCAGCGUCCGCACCCGCGACAACCGGCACCGCGGGGAGCGGGAGCUGCGCCCGGCGCUGCGGCGGCUGCAGGAGCUGCGCGACGCGCGCGUCCCCAACGCCGAGGAGCUUUUCUGACCCCCGUG